AUGGCCUUAUCUUCUUCUCCUCUGUCACCUACGCUCCUCACAACCACCCAAUCCUCCUCUUCACCUUCAACCCCCAAACUACUCUCUUCUCAUUCUCCACUCACCUCCUUCAGCUUUCCAACCAAACCCACGACCACCCACACCAUUCACUUUCACACACUCUCGAGCACUUCAGCCUCUGACAAAUGGAGAGCCAAAGUUCCAUUCUUUCCUGCAUUUUUUAGCAAAGACAAAGAUGCUAAAACUCUCAAGGAGGAGCUUCUUGAUGCCAUUGCAUCGCUUGAUCGAGGCGCUGAUGCCACUCCAGAGGACCAGCAAACAGUUGAUCAGAUUGCACGCAAACUUGAAGCAGUUAAUCCAACAAAGGAGCCACUCAAAUCUGAUUUACUGAAUGGAAAAUGGGAGCUUAUAUACACUACUUCAAAGUCUAUUCUGCAAACUCAGGUAACAGCUGAUUUGACGCCUUUGAAUGCAAGAAAAGUGGCUGUAAAAUUUGAUUAUUUCAAAAUUGCAGGUCUGAUACCUGUUAAGGCACCUGGAAGAGCACGCGGAGAACUGGAAAUUACAUAUUUGGAUGAAGAACUUCGUGUCUCAAGGGGUGACAAAGGAAACUUGUUCAUCUUGAAAAUGGUUGAUCCGUCUUAUCGAGUUCCUGUCUGA